UUCCCACUGAUGCAGUGGUGCAUGCGGUGCUGGCAGCCCAUCGCAAACAUAAAAACGCCCUCCACGCACCCCCUAGCAAUCUCACACCACAUUCCACAGACCAUAUCACACGUUCUGAAACCACUGUUGUAGAUAGCUCUAGUGCAUCGUGCACACAAGUUACAGCGGCAGCCGGCGAGAAUGGCAGCUAGGACGUCGAUCACGGCCACGAAACGGCCAUGGCUGCUGCUUCUCGCAGCACUGGCCACGGUGGUAGCGCACGUCGACGGUGCGACUGUAGCCGCUCCGGCGCCGGCUGUUGACUGCAGCGACGCCUUGAUCAGCCUGGCGGGGUGCCUGAGCUACGUGCAGGAGGGGAGCACGGUGGCGACGCCGGAGGGGUCGUGCUGCUCGGGGCUCAAGGACGUGGUGAAGAAGGAGGUGGCCUGCCUCUGCCAGGCCUUCCAGGGCGGCCAGGACUACGGCGUCACCCUCAACAUGACCAAGGCCCUGCAGCUGCCCGGCGCCUGCAAGGUCAAGACGCCUCCCUUCAGCAAGUGCCACAUUUCCAUUCCGGGCGUGGCCGGUGGGUCUCCAGCACCUGCACCUGCCCCGUCUUCCGGUGCUCCGUUCUUCGGGGGCUCGCCGUCACCAUCCAUGCCAUCGGCGGAAUCACCAGCCGAAGCCGGAACCGGAAGUGGCGACUCCACCACCGCUCGAGCUCCAUCCCCGUCGGCCUCCGCCGCGGCCACCUUCCCCGCUUCAGCAGACGUCCUCCUAGCCGCAGCGACUGUCGCCGCGACACUGCUCAUGUGAGCAGCUGGAUGCGCCUGUAAUUCAGCAAACCUGUUCGUCGUUCAUGCGACCAUUACCGCUGCACCCGCCCGACACAGCUGAGAAAGCGCAGACCAAGCCUUGUUGCUGGCUUGCUGCAUGUACCGAGAUGUAUCUUAUCUGAGAGUUUCCAUUCCAUUUUUAUACAGAUAUAUUAUUUAUACA